UAAAAUAUCAUAAAAUAUUAACUCGAAACCCUCACAAUUCCCAGUUUUAAAGGUAUAAUAGAGGCUAUCGAACUACUGGUAAACUAGUAACUGAGCAAUCAUGGCGCGCCUGGUGCUGUACCGAGCGAUCGCCAGCCCGUGCGCGCGCGCCGUGCUCAUGCUCGGAGACAUCCUGCAGCUGCCCUUAGAAUGCCGCGAGGUCAACCUGCUGAAGGGCGAGCACAAGUCUCAGGAGUACAAAAAGAUUAAUCCUAUGGGAACUGUGCCCGUGUUGCAAGAUGGAGACUUCAUCCUGUCAGAAAGCCACGCAAUCAUGAAGUAUCUGCUCGCGAGCUACGGCGGCGAACACCGCGAGCGUUUGUACCCGAGCGAGCAUAAGGAGCGAGCUCUGGUGGACCAGGCCCUGUUCUUCAACGCGGGAUUCCUGUUCCCCCGGAUGGGGUUUCUGUUAGUCUUGCCCCGCCACUGCACACUAAUUGCCGGCGCGCCGCAGCCGCCGCCGGAAAAGCUGGCGAUACUCGACGAGGCGUACGCCGCGGUGGACGCCUACCUGCAGCGAUGCCGGUUCAUCGCCGCCGACCACCUCACGCUGGGCCUACUGGCCGUCGGCUCCACCGCCACCGCCACGCUCCUCCUCAAGGAGUUGGACAGAGAUAGGUACCCUCGGUUUGCAGACUGGAUCCAAGAACUAGAAGAGUUGCCAAUUUUCAAAAAUAUAAACGCUGAGGGAUUGACGUAUUUAAAAAAGUUUUGGUAUAGAGCUCUAGAAAUGCAGAAGUUGAAGCAGCAGUCAUAGAAAAAUUUAAGAAUGUUUAAGUUAUAAUAAAUAUUUUUAUUGCCGUGCUGUUCAAGAGUAUUUUUGAAAUAAAUAUAGAAUGUAUGUAUGA